AUGGAAAUAACACAUAAAACUACGGCCGAGCCGGCGCCGGAGCCGGAACUCAAGUUGAAUUAUAUGCAAAAGAUUUGGCGCUAUCGUCGUUACAUGGUAAUCGAGUUAUCCUUCUUCUUCUAUUUAAUGGCAAACAUACUCAACGAUGUAGCCAUUAAGAACCUUCCACUGGAGAAGGCAUGUCGCGUCAACCUCGGCUACAACAAAGCCACCUGCAUGGCCAUGUUGGAUAAAGCGGAAUUGGGCAUCGAUUGCGAUAGCUAUGAGUUCGAAAACACUCACGAUUGCGCCUGGAUGGACCAAACAUUGCUGGACGUGGACUUGACGGGACUCAAUUAUACGGUCUGCGAAGCCGAUUGUAAGGUCCAGCAGCUGUUCGCCGAUGUUUCGGGAAAACGUGCGCCCAUAGCUGCCAUAUUUACAUUGAUUAUCAUGCUUUUCGCCGGAGGCUGGGCGGACAAAUUCAACAAACGCAAACCUUGCAUGAUUAUACCCAUCGUGGGUGAAGCUGUGUCAUUUAUCUGUCUAAUCAUUUCGGCCAUAUUCUUCGAUAGUCUGCCCAUGGAGUUCGGAAUGUACUUGGAGGCGAUUGUGCCCGCGGUCUGUGGCGGUCAGACACUUUGUGUAAUGGCGAUGUAUAGCUAUAUGACGAUAGCCACGCCCGAGGAAGAUCGCGUCUCCCGCUUUGGUAUCUUUAUAAUGUUUUUAAACGGACUUCCUUUACUGGGAGUCUUCAGUGGAUAUCUUCUAAACGUACUGGGCUACAUAAUUUCGUUUGCCUCCGCCGUUGUCUUUAAAAUUAUUGCCAUUCUCUGUAUAAUGCUAUUCCUUAAGGAGAUCAAGCCAAAGCCCACAAUAUCCGAGGAAACGCCAGAUAACCAGCUUAAGGGUCAUGCUGCUGAUAAUAUGGCCUUUGAGCAAACCACCUUGGAUGAGCUGCCUGUUAGCAAGAAUGUUAACUUUCAAUUGACGCCACGUCUGGAGCCACCCAAAGUGGAGCCUCCGCCUGUGCCUGCAGUGAAACCUUCGUUGCUGAAGGAACUUUUUGAUCCCACCCUGGCGAAGGAAUGCCUACGAUAUCCGUUUAUCAAGCGCAAGAAUCACGGACGCCUUAUACUGAAUCUGCUUGUUCUGGCGACUUUCCUAAUCGUGGGCCCCUCCUUUGCUGAAAGUGACUUUGUGUAUCCCUUCACUAUAAAAAAGUUGAAUUGGAAUGGUACUGUGCUUUCCGUUUUUAAUACAAUCAACGGACUUCUGGCAAUAUUGGGUACUUACAUAGGGACUGCCAUUCUUAGCAAACGGCUCAAGUUCUCGGAUGCCUCCCUUGCCAUAUUCUCCUCUCUGGGCAUAGUCUGUUCGCGUCCGAUACUUGCCUUUGCGAAUAAUACCACGUGGUUCUAUGUGGGCUGUGCUGUGGACAUGUUUGCCCUUCUGCGAGCCAUUGCCACCAAAACCAUCAGCAGUAGCAUUGUGGAGGGAGAUGAGCUAAGCAAAAUGUAUUCCAUCUUUGGCAUCAUCGAACCAAUCACCCAAUUCCUAUUUCCACCCAUUUAUAGUAUGAUAUACCGAAAUACAGUGGAGUCAUUUCCAGGCGCCUUUUUUCUGUUUGGCGAAAUCUUCUAUGUGCCCAAUGUUCUAGUCUUUGUCCUUUGCUAUUUCUUGUUGCGUCAUCGGAAGUCCAAAGAACAAAAGAAUUCCGUGGAACUCGCCCAAAAUAAGGAAGGCAAUGGCCAAGCGGAUGCUGCCGAUGGCACAGAGAUUACUAGUCUAUGA